UCUUCUGUAAGUCUUCUUUUCUCUGCACCCUAUCUGAACACUGUGCGAACUGUGAAAUGGCGUCUUUGGCUCAUCAAUUCACAGGCCUUAGAUGCCCACCGCUCUCGUCUUCAUCUUUAUGGAAGAAACCUAUGCAAGCCCAAAAGAUGGGACCUUUUGCUCUUCCAAUUGUAUCGGCGGUGGCCAUAUCAAAUGCACAGACCAAGGAGAGGAUCGAGCUUAAGAAGAUGUUCGAGGAAGCCCAUGAAAGAUGCCGUACUGCCCCCAUGGAAGGGGUCUCCUUCACCAUUGAAGACUUCCACACUGCUCUCGAUAAGUACGACUUCGAUUCUGAGCUUGGAACCAAGGUUAAGGGAACAGUUUUCUCUACAGAUGCCAAUGGGGCGUUGGUUGAUAUUACUGCAAAGUCUUCAGCAUACCUACCCCUUCAAGAAGCAAGCAUCCAUAGAAUUAAACAUGUGCAAGAGGCGGGUAUAGUUCCCGGCAUGAGGGAAGAGUUUGUGAUUGUUGAUGAAAAUGAAGCUGAUGAUAGCUUGAUUUUGAGCUUAAAGGCUAUCCAGUAUGAACUUGCGUGGGAGAGAUGCCGGCAGCUUCAAGCUGAGGAUGUUGUAGUGAAGGGUAAGGUUGUUGACGCAAACAAGGGUGGAGUAGUGGCAGUGGUAGAGGGCCUCAAAGGGUUUGUUCCAUUUUCACAGAUAUCAUCGAAAUCAACUGCAGAAGAGCUUCUUGAUAAGGAGCUGCCUCUAAAGUUUGUAGAGGUUGAUGAAGAACAGUCUAGGCUUGUCCUUAGUAACCGCAAUGCCAUGGCUGACAGCCAGGCACAGCUGGGAAUUGGAUCAGUGGUUCUUGGAACUGUUCAGAGCUUGAAACCAUAUGGGGCAUUCGUUGACCUUGGUGGAAUUAAUGGUCUUCUUCACGUCAGUCAGAUUAGCCAUGAUCAUGUCUCAGAUAUUGCAACGGUUCUUCAACCUGGUGAUACCCUCAAGGUCAUGAUACUAAUCCAUGACCGUGAAAGAGGCCGAGUAAGCCUUUCUACAAAGAAGUUAGAGCCUACCCCUGGAGACAUGAUUCGCAAUCCAAAGCUUGUUUUUGAGAAGGCUGAGGAGAUGGCUCAGACAUUCAGACAAAGAAUAGCUCAGGCAGAAGCCAUGGUUCGUGCAGACAUGCUUACGUUCCAGCCUGAGAGCGGGUUAACCCUCAGCUCUGAUGGGAUAUUGGGUCCCCUUUCAACGGACUUGCCAGAGGAAGGCUUGGACCUGAAUGAGGUUCCAGCAGCAGAUGAUCAUUAACUGAUUUGCAUGACCUUCUCGAUUCUUUGUACUAUUUUUCAUUCAUUAAUGAUCUACUCUGUAAAAUUGGUUAGGGCUUAUCAUGAGCAAUCUUUCUUUUGUUUUUCUUACCCUCCCUGUCCCCAGAAACAUGUAAGAAAAUGCUCAAGUAUCUGCAUCUGCAGACAGUUUUUUGUUUACUCUGUAUAAAGUCACACAAACUGCAGAUGACGUCUCAAAUCUGUUUCAGAUGUCUGUUUGAGCUUAAAGUUAAGAUGGAAGGGUGUACUUAUAUAAAUAACUUCAUUACUA